AUGUCUGCUCUUCUCACGACCGGUCUUCUGGCCGCUCUUGCCGUCUCGCCGGUAUCAGCCUUCUGGCGGCUACCGUGCAAAUCUCCCAUUGUCGUUGAGCGUGCCGACCCUAUUGUCAAUCCUGGUGCCGUGUCCGGCCACUUGCACACGAUCAUGGGGGGAAACGGGUUUGAUUUCACUAUGGAUUAUAACUCAACCCAGCGGUCUACUUGUUCUUCUUGCACAGUCAUUGGAGAUUACAGCAACUACUGGAUCCCAGCCUUGUUCUUCCAGCACCAAAAUGGGACUUUCGAAAGUGUCGACCAAGUCGGCGGCGCUACUGUGUACUACCUACAGCGGGCUGGCAAGGGAGAGACGUUGAAAGCUUUCCCUCCAGGCUUCCGUAUGAUUGCCGGAAAUCCCUUCAAGCGCACUGGAGGUGACGAUUUCGCAACCCAGGCCAUCAGCUAUAACUGUCUCGACUACAAUGGCCCAGCCAAGCCAGAAACACCCAACUUUCCCAACUAUAACUGCCCCAAUGGGCUCCGAUCCCAAGUCUUCUUUCCAUCUUGCUGGAAUGGAAAAGACCUAGACUCUCCAAAUCACAGCUCUCACGUCUCUUAUCCCGCCAAUGCUUACAACAACGGUCCUUGCCCCGCCGAUUUUCCUGUUCAUCUUAUCUCCAUUUUCUUCGAGAUCAUCUGGGACACUGGAAAAUUCGCCGAUCAGUGGUACGGGAAUGAACAGCCAUUCGUCUGGUCCAUGGGUGACCCCACUGGUUAUGGUGGCCACGGUGACUUCGUCAUGGGCUGGGAUCCAGAUUUGCUCCAAUCUGCUGUCGACCAAUGCACCAACGACAGCGGCCGUGUUGAGGAUUGCCCGGUUUUCGACCUCAUCCCUGACUCUCAAGCCGAAGGCUGCCGUAUUGAGCCCCAAGUCGACGAGCAAGUCAGCGGUCUGCUCACAGCCUUGCCUGGUUGCAACCCUGUUCAGCCUGGCCCUACUGCAACUCCUCAAUCCGGCUGUGGCGCGACCACCACCAUCACUCCAUCCAACACAACUUUCUUCACUGACCUGACCAGCAAGGGUUGGGAAUAUAUGGGAUGUGGAACCGACAACUACUACAACCGUAUUCUGACUGGUGCAAGCCAGUCCAAUGGUCAAAUGACCAAUGAAAACUGUGUUGCUUUCUGCGAGAGCAAGGGCUUUUCUAUCGCUGGUUCGGAGUAUGCUGACGAAUGCUAUUGCGGGAACUCCAUUCCCGAUAGUGGCAAGCCCGUUCCUGGUGUUAUCGGCGCCUGCACGAUGAAGUGCGCUGGCGACAACUCCGAGUUCUGCGGUGGUGCAGGAACUAUCUCCCUUUACCAGAAAUGCUCUGGCGACUCAUGCAAAAAUGCUCAGUUCGGCCCUGGCUCCUCAGCCCCUGUUCAAGUUGCCAAUCCUCCGCCAGCUGCCUCGUCCUCUUCUGCUCCUGCUCCUCCCGCUGCUCCUUCAACUACUUCCUCAAGUGGUCCUUACACGGCACCCAGCUCUCCUACCACGCUCGCAACAGUCACGACCACCAAGGCCGCGGCCCCCACAGAGUCAUCCAAGUCGGCGCCAGCCACGACAGCUUCGGUAAAUACAGCUUCUACUUAUCUUCCCCCCAUUGAUGAAGAUGAUGGCAGCGGCGAUGACGAUGAUGCAUACUAUACCGAGUCCGGCUCUGUUUACCCACCCGUUGCUACCUCCUCGGCGGGGGGGUCAGUUGCCGCUGACGCAUCCAGUUCCCCUGCCUCAACAACUGCCACUCCCGCUUCCAGCACCACUUCUCUUCGAUACCUCUACACCUCUACAUCCUGA